CAGUCUGGGGUCAGGGUUUGUCGUGUAGGGUCUGGGUUUGUCAGUUGAUCGGUCAGACUCGGGAGGUGUUAUAAGGUGAUCGGUCAGACUCGGGUGUUGACUGAUAGAUGAUGGCCGUGCGCUUGUUUGUUUUGCUGCUGUUUGUGUUGACGUCCUUUCGGGGCUCGAUCUCGAUUCCCCCUCACGAUGAAGUGGCCCGAAUGGCCCGGUACAUCGUCCAUGAGUCUGACUGGUGCUCGAUGGCCACCAUCCCCACCCAGGAAUCGAUCCAGGGUCUGCCUUUCUCCAAUGUUUUCUCGGUGAGCGAUGGGCCCUUGGAGAAGGGCACAGGUGGACCUUACCUGUACCUGACCCCAUUGGAAAUCUCGGUGCACGACAUCCAGGCUAAUCCACAAGUAUCCCCGGCUAUGACGUUGGCAGGGACAGACUACUGUAGCAAACAAAAGUUUGAUCCCCAAAGCCCACUUUGUUGUCGUGUGAUCCUCUCUGGAAGAAUUUUGGCAGUGAACAGCACAGAAAUUGACGUUGCAAAAGAAGCUCUCUUCAGCCGUCAUCCAGCAAUGCCUGACUGGCCACAUGAUCAUGGAUGGUACUUUGCCAAGCUCAACAUUACCAACAUUUGGGUCCUGGAUUCCUAUGGUGGAAUUAAAACAGUGACACCCCAGGAGUACUACAAAAUUAAAGGCUGAAUAUGAAAGGAAUUUAACUGGUAAAAGAAAAUUAGGAAUGCUUGUGAUCAGAAUAUUGGAUUUUUCCAGAUUUCCCUCAACUGAAAACUGCUGCAUUGCUGGAAGGGAGCUUCUGCUAUCUUGAACCAGCUACAGAACUGAAUGAUAAGUGAUUCUCUAUAUUUUUUAAGAAAGUAAUGCUUGCAUUAUCUUGCAAUUUUGAAGAUAUUACACUUCUGUAGUAUAUUCUGUAGUUCUUCUAAAGUGGGAGGUGGAGUAAAGAUUUAACAAAAUAUUUUUUAAUAUCAUAGAACUGCACAAAGAUUCUAUAAUAUGUAAUGGGCUGGAACAAAAUUGCUUACAAUUAGAUUUUUCUAUAAACAACAAUGUAUAAAGUUGAAAACAAACUACAAUUUGCAAUGUUUUGCGAGUUUGCAAUUAAUCAAUGGAUUAAUCUCAAAAGAUUAAUCUUUCUAAAUUUAUCAAAAAUAACUAUCUCAAAAUAAAUAUAAAUCAGGGAGAAGUAUAUUGAUUCAAAAACACUGACUAUGGUAACAUUCUUUUUACAUGGUAUUGCUUGUGUUCAUUUCAAUAUUGCAUGAGAAAGUAUUGUAUUUGAAACAUUUCCUACAAAUGA